AUGUCAAAGUCCCGUCAGGCUAUAAAUGACGAGCUUGAUGAGAUAUUUUCUGAUAAGUCCAGUUUCUACGGUACAGCCAUUCUACCCGAACCUGGUCUUAAUACAAACAUCCACCCAUACCUCCUAUCUACGACCAAGCAUGAAUCACGAGCCCCAAAGCCCGUUCCCGAUGGCGAUCAAGCCAAACACGAAUUGUCAUUAGAUACAGACCUGCUCUCCGAGAUCCCCCUCACAACAUUGCGCCGCAAUGCGCGCAGCCCAAAAGAGUCCAUCCACAACUUCCUAGCGCACCUGCCCCCAUCUACGACAGAAGAAAAAGAUGUUGGGCCAUGGAUAUACAUCACGAACCUGCCCCGCAAAGCUGAUCCAGACAAGCAGGCUAUCGCCAGACUCGUCCGUGAGGGAACCGAACUACUUCACAGAUUCGAGGACCAGAAAGUAGAGCAUGAUCGCUCGAGGUCCAAAUCCAAGACAGCGCUGACGCGCAAUGAGGCGAUCGAGUCAGUGCCACUGCUCAUGACUGAGUUCAGCGUCGAUGUGUCUAUCGAAAGCUCAAGUCAGAGUCAGCACGACGAACGAAUGUCGAUAUGGGAACGGACCAUCAGCCUCGAACAUAUGGCAUGA